AUGCACAAAGCGUAAGUGACAACACGAGUAACUGGCGGUGACCAUUUGUCUAGCAGGCUGGUUACUAUUUUCUCCAAAAGUACACCCGAGCGUUCAACUUUUGCUCCAAAUAUUGGCAAGCCUAGUUUGGCAGUCACUGCAGCAAAGAAAGGGUACGUGAGGCCAAUGAACUUGUUGGCAUUUCGAUCACACUUUUUUCUGGUGUCUUUUGUGUCGCCAACUACAUUCGUAAGCGAAUCACGGAAUGCUGAUCGAAGAAUCGCAUCACAUACAAAUAGAAUGUCGUCCGGCAUCAAAUUACCGAAGUUCAUAGUCAACAAGGAAUUCCCGAACGCAAAUAGACCGUGCGGUGGUUCUGGUGACUUGUGUAGAGUAUCCAUGAGAAUUCCCUAAAAAUUUCGACCAAUAAUAAACAGAAAGGCAUUCAAGCAGGACACUGUACAUCUCAAAUUAACAAAAGAACAAAAAAUAGAACCCACUGAAACUGCGUUAAAUGCUUGUGGGCGCAUUGCUAAGAACGCUAGCAGCACCGCAGAGGCUUUGCUAGGACUAGCGUCCGCUGCUUUCCGGAAAAGAGCCACGCCUUGAUCUGUGUCAUAGUUUUGAAAAAAGCAUCCAUAUCUUUCCAUAUUUUCCACUCCUCUCUGCUCAUAUUCGUCAGCUACCAUUUCUAUGACUUUGAAGAUAAAAUCACGAUUAUCCCGUACCACCUCAUUCAAGUAACUAAUAGCGUCAUCGUACUCUCCAAAUUUGACUUUCAUUUGUAAUUCGAGUAGCUGA